AUGGGUUUGGCUGCAGUGAGAACAAAACAGAGGUUCGGGUUGGAUCCCAGAAAUACAGCAUGGAGUAAUGAUAAGUCUCGAUUCGGUCAUAAAUUUUUAGAAAAAUUUGGAUGGCAACCAGGUGAAGGUUUAGGUAUGAGCCCUCAGGUUUCUCAAACAACACAUAUUAAAGUCUCCAUUAAGGAUGAUAAUCUAGGGUUGGGUGCCAAGAUCAAGAGGAAAGAAAGAAAGGAUGAAUUCGAUAAUGGUGAAUGUGCAGGUCUUGAUGUAUUUCAAAGAAUAUUGGGAAGAUUAAAUGGUAAGGAGGAGGAAAUUGUUGAUGAAUUGGAAAAGCAAAGAAAGGAUAGAGUGUUGAAUGGGAAAUGGGGAAUAAAUUUUGUUAAAGGUGAUGUGCUGGCAUCCACUUGGGACCCCAAGACGAAAAAAUUAAAGAGUUAUUCCAACAUGGAAAAGAAACGCUCGAGCGAUAGCGAUGAUAGCGAUGAGGAUAGCAAUAGUGAAAGUGAAGAAGAGGAAAAGAAAAAGCACAAGCAUAAACACAAGAAAAGAAAGUUAGAGAAAAAGGAAAAGAAAUCCAAACUCAAGAAGAGUAAAUCUGAAAAGAAGGAAAAGAAAUCCAAGAAGGAGAAGAAACAUAAGAAGGAGAAGAAGAAGGAAAAAAAGCAUGCUGCUCGUUUGGAAUCUAGUGCAUCUGCUUCAAAUAUACCCGAUUCUGUCUCCACCAGACUUUCAGUACGUUCCAGAUGGAUCAAGCAAAAGAGAGCAGCAAUCAUGGAUUCUAAGGCAUUGAAUGAAAUCUUCAUGAUAACAAACGAUUAA